AUGGCUAUCCGCAGCAUUGCCAGCACCUCGGUUAUGCAGAAGGGGGCCAUAUACGAUCGUAAUUAUAAUGUAAUUGACCUCGCUCGAGAUUCAGAUAAACUAUCCCAUGUUCUUUAUGCUUUUGCUGAUCUCAAUGAUGAUGGUACCAUUGUGCUCGGUGAUGCCUGGGCUGACACCGAUAAACACUUUGAGGCCUCACAAACCGUUGAUGGUCACAAGGACACUUGGAAAGAAGCCCCAGAUAAUAAUUUGUAUGGAAAUCUUAAACAACUGCAUCUGUUAAAAAAAAAUAAGCGUCAUCUCAAGGUCUCCUUGAGCAUUGGUGGGUGGUCCUGGUCAACAAACUUCUCGACAAUAGCUACAAACACCCAGAAAAGGCACCAGUUUGCUACUACUGCUGUAGAACACGUUGCAACUCUUGGACUAGAUGGAAUUGAUAUUGACUGGGAGUUCCCAAAAAAUGCAAAUGAGGCAGAAGGUUAUGUUGAACUAUUAUCGGCUGUUAGGCAAGCUUUGGAUUCUUACCAGCACGAAACCAAAGACAAAGAUCGAUUCUUGCUCUCAGUAGCAAUGCCAUGUGGACCCGACAAUUACAAUAUCUUAAAAUUAGGUGCUAUGGAACCCUUUGUGGAUUUGUUUUAUUUGAUGGCUUAUGACUUUUCUGGAGAUUGGGAUAAAACCACUGGGCAUCAAUCAGCACUAUUUGAUGCCCCACUAAACGUUGACCAAGCUGUGCGUCACUUUAUUAAGGCAGGUGUUCCGUCACACAAGCUAGUGCUUGGAUUGCCAGUGUAUGGUCGUGGCUUCUUGGGUGCCAAGGGUCCUGGAUCAGCAUUUACUAGUUUGCCUAAAGGUACCUGGGAUCUAGGCGCGUAUGACUACAAAGAUCUUCCUCCGCCUGGAAGUUCCGAAUAUUUCGACGAAGCAAAGGUCGCGUCAUGGUCAUUUAAUCCUACCUCUAAAGAAUAUGUUACAUACGACACUCCUGAAGUCAUUGAACACAAGUGCGAUUACAUUAAGUCUAAAGGACUGGGAGGUGCAAUGUUCUGGGAACUUAGUGCAGACUACCAUGGGGAUCAUCCACGCAGCUUACUCAAUACUGUGCAUCGUAAACUUGGCUCUCCUGAUCAAACACCAAAUCAUAUUGAGUUUCCAAAUAGUCGCUACGAAAAUAUAAAAUAA